UUUGCCGGUCAGAAAGAAAUUCACGACAAUUGCGCGCAGUGAACAUUAUCUUAUUGUUGAUUAGGAAAAAAUUAUAAUUACAAUAAAUAAUAUCGUAUCAGUCGCGAUCAUAGAUCUUGUGAUGUGUUUUGUUAGGCUGGAUGCAUAAUGGAUCGUGGCAGAGUGGAGGAUACAAAAGUGCACAACAAUCCGGGACAAGCCCCCAAAUUAAGUCUGAUUUUGCCCAUUGUGUUCGUUACGUUAUUGUUGUUGAUUUUACAACAACGCGAUCUGCCAGAGACCGAUUUUUGAUUUGACCAACGAUUAAUUAUUACAUUAGUGCUAGUUUGUCUUUGGUAAUUUUUUGGGCAAACGGAAAUCAUCCGCGAAAGUGUUAAGGAGUCAGUUCGGACGUGUGUGGAACUUUUAUUGGUGAUUUUCAGACCUUUUAGAUUAAUCAGAUGCAGACAUGAACAGGAAACAAUGGAUUUUGGUGUUUUGUCUGUUCGCCAUUUACCUUCUUUUGGGGGCUUCAAUCUUCUACUACAUAGAAUCAAAAGAAGAAAAGAUCCGCUUGUUGCAGGAACGGAAGGAACGAUUAGAAAUAGAAGUUUUACUGAAGAAAUAUUAUAAUGGAGAUAACCAAGACCUUUUUAAACGUCUCACCGACUAUUGUGGAAAACCUCUCUCCUUAAACAUGAGUAAAAUAAUACCUGAAGGAAAAUGGGACUUCUAUCAUUCACUAUUCUUUGUCAUAACAGUAGUCAGUACCAUCGGUUAUGGCAAUCUGGCACCGACUACAAUGCUGUCUAGAAUAUUAAUGAUAUUCUAUGGCCUUGUUGGUAUUCCACUGAACGGUAUUGUCAUGAUUUCCACGGGUGCAUACUUCGGAAGAAAUUUUGAAAAGUUGUACGAUCGAUGGAAGGUACAGAGGAAAUCGAAAAAAGGUCGACAAGAAAAUAGUAUUGCUAGGUUAGGCUUGAUUAGCCAGAUUUUUUUGUAUGCUACACCAGGUUUUAUCUUCUUUAUCUUCCUGCCUUCGUUUAUUAUGACGUUUUGUGAAGGAUGGGAAUAUGAUGUGUCAGUUUAUUACUCCUUCGUCACACUUACCACCAUCGGUUUCGGGGAUUAUGUCGCAGGUGUAAAUAACGUGUACAAUAUACACCCAAUAUGGUACGCAAUUUACCAAGCUUUCCUCAUAAUAUGGGUGAUUGGAGGUCUUGGUUAUGUUCUGAUGGUAAUAAAUUUCAUAGCACAAGGAAUGAAGAGUAAAAAAGUGCUAAGAUUAGAGGAGUACAUCAAGAAAACGCCUCAAAGAAUCAGGCACGAACUCAGCACUCUUUUACAUGAGUUUCUCCUUAUCAAAGUUAAACCUGUAUACAAAAAUCAAUGGGAAUUUGAGCCAAAACCAUUGGCAAGAACCCAAAGUUGUCCAGACAUAUCAAUGUACAGAAGUGAUGAUUCAAUCUACGAGGUUAGGAAACGUGCCUUUUCAGUUGUCGUCGGCAAUUUGCAAAGAAAUCAGUCCGACACUGAAUUAGAGAAGAUCGAUAAAGAACUCACUUUCCGUCCUUCAGAUGCUCUCAUGCAACAACGUAACCUUUUGCUCAAAAUGGUUGAUGCAUUGAGCCAAAAAUCUGACCCGGGAGAAGGUAUUAAUCUCUUCAGUGAUGAUGAAAUUUUGGCCAGUGAGAGAUACGGCUCUAAUUCGACGUUAGCUGCCAUCUCACAAAGUAGGCAAGCUAGAAGAAGAGCGAUGAGUGAUUACAGGCCGCCAGACAAAACAUUCUAUGAAGUAGAAAAUGGCAACACCUGGUACGGUGAAGACGCAAAGAAGAAAUCGGAUCAAUUCAGAAACAGAACUAACUCGGUGUCGUUCAUUCAACGAGUCCGCAAGAGUUCUAACAUAUUCCAAAGAUUCAGGGAUGCAUUCGGUAGCAAUCAAGAUAAAAAUGUCGACGUGGAAAGUCAGACCGUUAACGAAACUAGAAAUGAGAACAUUGAAAGACAGAAUUACCUACAGAAGACCGCAAGAGGCAGGCAAACUAUGUUCUGUGUUCCAGAGGAGAAUUUCCUCCGUCGACAAAAUAACUUUGAUGCGGAAAGAAGAAAUUACCUUCAAAGAACUAAUAGAGGACGUUUUAGUAUGUUUGAGGCACCCGAGCAAAAUUACCUUCGCCAAACAAGAACAGGCAGACAGUCGAUAUCUAAUUACAACGAAUCUGUGUUGGAGCAAACUUCCGUGGCUGAUUUUAUUAGAGCUUUGACAGCUCUCACCGUUUCGGAAGGCAUAGCGGGCGAUGGACCGAAGAGAAAACUGGGAACCGCCAGCUUCACACCUCCAGAAUCAACUUCGCCGCAACGGACGAGAAGAACCGGAAUACAAUCCACAUUCCAAAACAGAAGAGCUUCUCUGCUACCGACUCAAACCACCAACGUGCCUGUUGCAAGGAGAUUUUCUUUGAGACCAGUGGACGAGAAUAUUUUGGGGCCGCCACCGCCAUAUUCUCCUGCACCUGCCGAAAUUAGAAGGUCGAUUCGGUCACGGAACAGGAGGUUUUCCAUUCGACCUGGACCAGUCGAACGACAAGUGAUAAAAAAAGAUAGAAACGAUAGUACGAGUGAUAAACAAUGAAUUUCUAUAUCAGUGAAAAGGAUGCUUUAAAAGACUGAAUUUUGGUGCUAAUUAAAUUUGACCAAUUUAUCUAGUCACAACUUUUGCAAAUGCAACUGAACUACAUCUACAUUUGUUUUAUAUAUUCAGCCAGUUGUUUUUUAUGUAGAAAAAGUAGUAGAAAAUUUUAACAGGGUCUGCAAGAGCUUCAUUAUUAGAAUUAACUUUUAUCAGUAUUAUGAUAAACAUUCCUAUGAACUUUAGAGUUAAAUGUAUCAAAAAAUAUUUUUAUAUUAUUAGGUAAAAAUCUCCUUCUUCUUGAUACUCAUUAGUAUAUGUAUUAUUAUUAUUAUUAUUUAUUUUAAAUACAAUGUAUUUAUUUCCCUUAUGAAUAAACUCUUUUAAAGUUA